AUGUUUGGUCAAGUGGCAAGAGGUGAUAGCGACAUUAUAUUUAAAAGGAGAUCAGGGCGCUAUUUGGGAAAUUACAUAAUACGAUCGUUGAAAACAGAAGACGAGUUCGACUGCAGUAAUAGCUGUUUCAAUGAACCAGGAUGUGUAUCAGUAAAUCUUAAAGUGAAAGGAAGGAAUAAAGGUUUAUGUGAACUCAAUUCCAAAACGCUUGAAGAAUUAUCAGAAGAAGGACAAAGUGAUGCAGAAAACGUUUACUUUCAAGUUGACAUGCGUGUAAGUAGUUAUAAACUAAAUAUAUUAUAUGACAAUAUGGGCAAAAAAGUGCUAAUAUAACAUGGGCAAAAUGUGUUCAAAUGGUAUCGAGGUUCUAUAAUGGGGGAGGAGGAGGAAUUUUUGAAACAUACUCUAAGGCAUUUUCAAAACGUACCAUACUAACUUCCUAUAAAAGGGCACCGACCGUUAUAUAUAUAUAUUAACAUCAUGUAUGUUAUAAAAUUGCAAUGAUUAUUUGUGUUCUUAAUUUCUCUUAAUUUCUAGAGUUGUAAAGAAAACGAAGAAUUCUCGCAUGGUGAGUAA